AUAUGUUGUUGUUCGCAAGCUAGGUUGGGGACACUUUUCCACUGUUUGGCUUAUCAGAGAUACAAAAACAGGGAAUCAUUUUGCAAUGAAAGUUGUGAAAUCUGCAAAACACUAUACUGAGACGGCCAUGGAUGAAAUUAAAUUAUUAGAGCGUGUGACAGAAGCCGAUCCAACCGCUAUAGGUGCGCAGUAUGUUACAGCAGUUGUAGACCAUUUCACAGUAAAAGGACCAAAUGGCUCUCAUGUUUGUAUGACAUUCGAGGUAUUGGGAGAGAAUCUACUAUCUUUAAUCAAGCGUUAUAAAAGCCGAGGCAUACCUAUGCAUUUGGUAAAGCAAAUUGCCAAGCAAAUGUUAUUGGGACUUGACUACCUACAUCGGCAAUGUGGUAUCAUUCAUACAGACUUGAAACCGGAAAAUGUUCUUAUGUACCUUGAAAAUGCGGAAGAAUUGUUGAAAAAAAUUGAUACGCCAUACUCGGAAGACAAUGUUGGAACAAACGACACAAUUGCAACUUCAUCAGAAAGCCGCAGUCGUGGUAGGAGUCGUGCACGAAGAUCAGGCCGUGUGAAAAUGGUUGCUUCGCAACCUCUGUCUAAAGAUACCUCGGAUCCUACCCCUGAUGAUGAGAGAGGUAGACGAAACGGUUCUGGGAAACGUUCCAGAUCUAGCUCACAUAACGAUGGCAACUUGGAAAAUAUCAAGAUCAAAAUAGCCGAUUUGGGCAACGCUUGUUGGAUGGAUCAUCAUUUUACAGAAGAUAUUCAAACAAGACAGUAUCGUUCUCCAGAAGUUAUCAUAGGUGCAAGAUGGGAUGCAGGCGCAGAUAUUUGGAGUUUAGCGUGCAUGAUUUUCGAAUUGUUAACUGGUCAAUAUUUGUUUGAUCCUCAGAAGGGUUCUAGAUUUAAUAGAGAUGACGAUCAUCUUGCCCAAAUAAUUGAAUUAGUGGGUCCUAUAAAUAAGAGUUUCGCAUUAUCUGGUAAGAAUUCGUCUGAUUUCUUCAAUCAUAGAGGUGAACUUCGCCAUAUUCACCGAUUGAGAUAUUGGUCCCUGGAAGAUGUACUACAUGAUAAAUAUGGCUACCGUCGUUCUGAAGCCGAAGAGAUUGCCAGCUUUCUGAGUCCCAUGUUGACCUAUGAGAAUCGUGCACGCGCUGGUGAUCUUUUGACUCAUCCUUGGUUAUAUGAUGUGGAGCCUAUUUUACCAGAAGAGAAUGCUGACAAGGCUCGCUGGAGAGGUGAUCGCCCCUGGAAGGAUUGGGAAAAUGAUCAUCAGAAGCGAAGGUUGCGCUGACCCGUCUGCAAGUGAAAACUUCUGACAUUCUAACAAGUGAUAUUCAUUAAACAAAUACCUGAAAAAAACUGUACGUUAUUUUAGUUAAAGUACAUUUCGCCCAUAUUGUAAAUUUCUACAUCCAAAGCCGCUUAAUCAUAAACAUUACUUAUAACUUCGUUUCUUAAAAAAUUGCAUCAAA